AAUAUUUACGGCACUCAGAGAAGAUGAAACGCCGUCCGAAACCUUGAAAAUAUCGACGGAAUCGCAGUCCAUUUUAUUUAGAAUGGUUUGGUGGACAUCCAGAAUUGUUCGGGAAAGAAAACCAAACGUCUGACAUUGGACAAAUCUAGUUACCGAAGUGGCGACAUUUCAGUUACCUUAGCAUGGCCCAUACUAAACGAGCAUGGAAACUCCAGGAAUUUGUGGCCCAUGGCUCCAAUGUGAACUGCUUGGCUUUAGGUCACAAGUCCGGCCGGGUUCUUGCAUCUGGAGGGGAAGACCGCAAAGUCAACCUAUGGGCUGUUGGCAAGCCAAACUGUAUCAUGUGCUUGCAAGGGCACACCACUCCAGUGGAAGCUGUGCGGUUUGGCCAUGCAGAAGAAGUUGUGGUGGCAGGCUCCAUGUCAGGAGCCCUAAAAGUUUGGGACUUGGAACAGGCAAAAAUUAUGCGUACGCUGACGGGUCACAAGUCUGGAAUCCGGUGUUUAGAUUUCCAUCCUUACGGUGACUACACUGCAUCAGGUUCUUUAGAUAGCAAUGUUAAGUUAUGGGAUAUCAAAAGGAAAGGCUGCAUAUAUACGUACAAAGGCCACAUGAACAGAGUGAACUGUGUUAGAUUUAGCCCUGAUGGUAGGUGGAUUGCUUCAGCAGGUGAAGAUGGUGUUGUUAAGCUAUGGGACUUGACAGCGGGUAAAAUACUGACAGAUCUGAAACUUCACGAAGGCCCGGUGAACGUGGUAGAGUUUCAUCCUAAUGAACUCUUACUGGCUUCAGGCAGCUCUGAUAGAACAAUAAAGUUUUGGGAUCUGGAAACAUUCCAAAUGGUCAGUUCAACUGAUGGAGACUGUACACCCAUCAGAACUAUUUAUUUCCAUCCAGAGGGGGUAUGUUUGUACAGUGGGGCCACAAACAUGUUGAAGGUUCACAGCUGGGAACCAGCCAUGUGUCAUGACUCUCAGGCCAUGGGCUGGGGCGAUGUCAGUGAUAUAGCCAUGGCACAGGACCAAGUGAUUGGAGCCUCUUUUUUUGGGUCCAACAUUUCCACAUAUGUUGUAGAUGCACAGAGGUUACAGCCACUAGGAGGGAUUCCUGUUCCACAGAGAGAUGCCAGUAAACCAAAUGACAACCUGAGUUCUUUGAGUAGCCACAGAAGGAGUUUCCAUGCCGACCGUCCACCAACUCAGUCGUCCAGACAAAGCAGCAUUCCCAAAGAAAAUGUUGAGGAGCCUUUUCAACAACCUGACGAAGUUCCCGAUGAUCAACAGUCGGUAGCUGACAUUAAAAACCCUGAUGAUUACCAAGAGCAUUUUCAUCAGAACUCCAGAAUGGCUCGAAAACCAGUUCGUAGGAAAACCAAAACUCGCCAGAGUUUUUCUCGCAAUGAAACAGAACCAGUGAAGCUCCGACAGGGACCUGCAAGGGUACUGGUAAAGCGCUCUCCACCUCCAACACGUAGGAACCCUCCAGUUCAACGAUCGCCACCACCAGUGCGCCGCUCCCCACCCCUUGUCCGCCGCUCCCCACCUCCUGCCCGCACUUCACCUCCAUCAGUGCGGAGAUCCUCGCCCCCAGCUGUAACGUCUCCAACAAAGCCUAGCUAUCAGCCGCCCCAAGAGGAUCGAGUGCCUGUUGCUGAUGUGCCCUCCCAGCCAGCGCCGAGUGAGGCCCCAGGGGGCAGGGCUGUGCAGAAAGCUUCCAGAAGCGUGACCCCAUCUCGCAGAGAAGCCCAGAAAUUGGACCCUGUGGCUGCGGAGGACUUCCUACCAAAACAGCCUGACCUGUCAGCUGCUGGAUUUGAAACCUCUGCCGUCACCGAGUCAGAACUAUUGGGUACCCUCAUCAAGGGCCACACAGCCAUGAUGACUGUCAUGGCCAACCGGAGUAGGAAUUUGCAGAUAGUCCGUGCCAUGUGGACCUCUGGCAAUACAAAGACGGCAGUAGAUUCAGCCUUAAGCAUGAAUGACCCAGCUGUGGUGGUUGAUGUGCUGAAUGUGCUCAAUAAUAAAACAUCAUUGUGGACUUUAGAUCUGUGUUCCAGUUUAUUGCCUCACCUGAGUGAUCUGGUGGGGAGUAAAUAUGACAGUUAUGUGGAAACAGCCCUAACAUCAGUCAAGUUGAUUCUGCGUAACAUGGGCCCAGUGAUAAAGGCUAACAUGGUCACCCCUCCCAGCAUAGGGGUGGACAUCUCCAGGGAAGAGAGACAUCGCAAAUGUAACAGCUGUUAUACCCACCUGUCGUCUGUCAGAGGAACGCUGGAGAAGAGGCCGAACUUACAGGGCAAACUGGGCAACCUGUACAGGGAAGUACAGAUACUGAUAUCCACACUGGAGUAGUGAUGCUCUUAACACAGGGGAACCCAUCUGCUCUUCAUUGGCCAGUGUUUUUCUGUUUGUUUCAUCACGAUUGCUUACAAUCAAGAGAAUAAAAGCCACCAAGGGAAGUAACCCAACAGGACGGUGAUGGCAUCCUCAUUAGGAGUUAGGGGCCUUGGCAGCUUUGAUGAUUGUUACAUUGAACUGCAUUGUUCCAGGCAUUGCAGUUUGCACAUCAUAUCACGGCCCUCAGAACAGGACAGAACAGAACACCAGUUUGCAGAAGCAGAUUCAGUGUUCAAAAAGAAGCUGUC